AUGAUUAAAUGGUACCAUUUCUUUAUUCAUGUUACUCACAAUGAUCUUUCACCUUCUCUCUCUUUCAAUAUUUCACCCGCUCUCGCUCUCUCUCUCUCGCUUUUGCUCUUUCAUCUCUCUUUCGCUCUGUUACCUUUUCUCUUUCUCUCUUUAAUCCUUUCUCUCUCUGUUUUUCGAUCUUUCAUCCUCUCUUUCGCUUUAAUCCUUUCUCUCUCUCUCUUUCGAUCUUUCAUUCUCUCGCUCUUUCAUCCUUUCUCUCUCUUUCUUUCGAUCUUUCAUCCUCUCUCUCUUUCUUUCUCUCUUUCUUUCUCUCUUUCAUCCUCUCUCUCUUUCGCGCUUUCAUCUCUUUUUCUCUUUCGCUCUUUCAUCUUCUCUCACUCUUCCGCUCUCUCUCUCUCUCUAUUUCCCUCUCUCUCUCUCUCUCUAUUUCCCUCCGAUCUCAAUGUUUCCAGCCCGUCCCGUCCGUGGCUCGCUUCUUCAGGUUCUUCUUGCUGUUUUUGGAACGGUUUUUUCUUUCUUUCAGCAUUGUUUCCCAGAAACAAAUGUUCAAUCAAAUGGAGAAAGAUCCAAUUACGUAGCAAAAGAGUCUUAUAA